GGUUUAGGAUGACGUACAGUAACUUUGUGUUUAAUCAUUUGGAUCCUUGGCUUUUGUCCUCCCUUUACAGAUAGAGGGAUACCAGUAUUUGCGUCAGUACCUGAGGACACUGCUGUUUUAAUUAUUGAGAUGAAAAUCAAUUUUUAAGAUUGUAAGGAUAAUGUAUUACCUUGGCGUUUACCUUUAGAAGAAGCUGAGUUGGACUAUUAUGGGUGCAAAGAUCAUCAUGAAAGUAGCUAAAAGUUUCUCGCUUUGCUGGAAAGGAUUACACAUUGUGCCUUGAAUGCACUUUCAACAUUCAACUUCUGUAAGCUACAUUGCACAGCUCUCUUUGGAGAUCACCAAACUCUGAAUUUUUUUUUUUUUUUAAAGGACUUUUACUAGUUGUUCAACAUGGCUCUUAUGAAGAUAAAGUUUGACCUGAAGAAACGGGUGAAGCUGGCUCAGAUGCUAUGGCUCAUGUAUUGGUUUUCCAUUAUGGCUGGUGUGCUAGUCUUCAGCAUGGGCCUUUUCUUUAAAAUAGAACUGCGCAAGAGAAGUGAACUUAUGGACAACAAUGAGAGUCAUUUUGUACCCAACAUUCUAAUUGGUGUGGGACUUUUGGCAUGUUGUCUCAAUGCCUGUGGGGGCAAAAUCUGCUAUGACUCGCUCGACUCCACCAAGUUUGUGAAAUGGAAGUCCAUUUUGAAGCCCUUUCUCAUUUGUUGUUUGUUCUAUAACUUCCUCCUCAUUGUCACAGCGAUGAUGUGUUUUGCCAUGCGCAUUCCUCUAGAGUUCACACUUGCUGAGGGCCUGAAAAAUGGAAUGAAGUACUACAAGGACACCGAUACACCCGGACGCUGCUACAUGAAGAGAACUCUGGAUCUCAUGCAGAUGGAGUUCCGCUGCUGUGGCAACAACAACUAUAAAGAUUGGUUCGAGAUCCAGUGGGUGAGCAACCGAUACCUGGACUUCAGCUCUAAGGAAGUCAAAGACCGAAUCAGCAGCAAUGUGGAUGGAAAAUACCUAAUGGAUGCCGUUCCCUUCAGCUGCUGCAACCCUAGCUCUCCACGGCCCUGCAUCCAACAGCAAAUAACCAACAACUCGGCUCACUACAGCUAUGAGCACUACACCGAAGAGCUAAACAUCUGGAAACGUGGCUGUCGAGACGCUCUAGUGUCCUACUAUGGUGGAAUGAUGAACACUAUUGGGAUACUUGUUCUGAUUGUCACCCUCUUGCAAAUUUCUGUAAUGAUUGGACUUCAAUAUGUAAACACCUCCCUGUCCACGCUGGUCAACCCAGAAGACCCUGAGAGUGAGAGCGAGGGUUGGAUCCUGGAGAAGACUGUAAAAGAGACCUUCACUGACAUCAUGGCUAAAAUGAAGGCCAUGGGCAAAGGCAAUCAAGUGGACGAGGGGGCAAAUGAAGAGGCUGUUACCACUGUGAGCUGAGCGAACCCCGCCCAUCAUAUUUUGGCCACACCUACCUGAGGUAGAGAGCUGUGUGACACAGCCUAAAACUGUAACUAUAUCUACACAAAUACACAAAGUGUAGACAAAGCCAAUUAAUGAGGAACUGGUGAAGAAAAAAAAAAUCUAAAUGCAAACCUUUGUCAGUCAGACACUUUUCUUUAAUUCAAUUUGUAUAAUAGAAACCCAUAUUAUGGUGAAAUGAAAAAAAAAAAAACCUUAAUAUCCAAAUGAUUGACUUGUAAAGAGUGGCUUUAAAAUAUAAAUACAAAUAUAAUGUAAUUUUGCAAGCUUUGCUCUCCCCUCUGACGUUGUACUUUGCUACACAAACUCUAAAUAAUUUUAUAGUCAUAUUUUGUUUUAUUUAAUAUUUGAGUUGACAUUCCACCAUGACAUUCAAGAAUGGCUAGUCAGGGAUUUGGAAAAGUGUGAAAGAUAUAAAUAUGUGAACUAGCCUCAGUGCAGUGAGUACUUCUAUUUAUUAGGAUUAAAAAUCACUAUUUGUCAUGUGACAGGUGUGACGAAUGAAAAGAAAACACUUUUUAAAUCACCUUUCAAAUUCUAUGAGAAGCUAGACAGGUGUCUUGGGGACAAGUUAGAUGCUUUGUUUUGUUUUAUUUUAAAGUAAUGCUAUAUAUAUAUAUACAGUUAUAUUUUUGAAGUACUGAGGUUGUGAUUUGGGAAAGGGUAUAAAAAAAAUUAAAAUAUAUUUUUGUGACCCAUCUGAUGAUGAGUAUACUGCUGUGUUCCGCAUCAGAUAACACAUGAUUUCAUGAGCACUAAAAUAAGAGGCUGAUUUUGCAGGUUUAAGAGACAAGCAACAAAUGAGGCCCCAAUAUGUGCUAGGGUACAGAGGGAUAACCAGGUCCAGGGUGAGGGGAUGCUCGAGGAAAGCCCCUGGAGUUGAGGAGACAGCUAAUGACUGGCAGCUAAACCCUGACCUGUGACUUCUGCAUUCCCCCUGAGCUCCUGUGCUUUUACAUCCACACAAUUGUUCCAUGAAACGUCCCAGGCCAGAGACUGAAACUCUAUGCUCAAAUCUGUCAUUUUUUGUAAUUUAUUACAAAAAGAAUUCUAAUUUUGUGUAAAUAGUGUAGAAUUAUUAACGAAAAUAUUAUUUUCUUUUUGUAAAAAUAUAAUUUCAUUUCUUGUAAGGAAAGUUGACUUUAUUCUAGGACAGUGUUUGGUGUGUAGAAAUUGUUAUUGUAAAUAAAACUUCUUAAAAAA